AUGCCUGAAGUUACGUAUGGCAGCAUCGAGAGGUCGAAUUCCGACCCUGGCUUCCACCAGAGCGAUGCCUCCGACAAUACCGCUACCAACACGACACCGUUGCAGAAGGCCUUAACCUUAUCAGAUAACCAUGUUGCCGAAGCGCCACCUCGCCGCCUAAGCUUCGCCCCCGGCAGACGGGGCAGUAGUAACAAUCCCUCGUCCCCCGGCAACGCGGCGCCGACGAGCCCCGACACGACGAAGCGGAAGGGCAGCGUCCAGGUCGACGAGGCGCCCCCGAGGAAGAGCCUGUCGUACGCGCUGAGGCCCGAGGCGGAGGCAUACUACGACUCGAGGGCGGCCACGCGCACGGAGUUCAAGAGGCGGGGGAAGACGCUCGAGGAAUACUACGACGACAACCCGGAGCUGCUGCCGCAGCUGCCCUUCACAUGGCACCACGGGAACCGGCGGUGGCGGUUGUGGUUCUUUGCGUUCAUCGUGUUCGUCGAUGCAUCCGCCGUGCCGAUUGCGCUGUACUAUGGCAUGAAGUACGCGGGGGACGUCCAGGAGUACAUCAUUUUCAUCAUCGUCACGACGAUUUGGGGCGGGCCGACGUAUCUCGAGUUCGGGAUCCGGACGCUGCGCCUGAUGAAGAAGGAGAGAUUCUACCGUCCCCUGGGCACGACGAACCGCUGGUGUGCCGACAUGUUGACGUGGGCCUCCGCAUUGACAAUCACCGUCGUCACGGUGCUGUUUAUCGUAGGUAGCGCCCCGCAUGAUCCCUGGUUGCGUGUGGUGUCGAUGGCCGCUCCAUCUAUUCUUUGGUGCUAUGGCGGCGUCCUUCUGGCCAUCACUCUGCUGUAUCGGUUCAACAUUCCCGCCCCUUUCCGUAUUAGUUCCACCGCAAAGGGCGGAAAGGUUCUGCCGGGUGUGUAUUACUUUAUCGAGGACACACUUGCGGUCAACGGAGGCUGCGGUGCGCCAUAUCGUGAGGCUCUCGCAGCAAGAUAUCGGGCCAGCCCUCGAUUUCGCGAGAUGCUUUAUGAGCAAUCCCUGUUCUGGUCGAUACCCACGUUGAUCUUCGCCGCCAUCUUGACGGUGAUUGCCGUCAUCCCCCAAGUUCCUGAGAAUUGGUCUUACGGAGUCUGCUGGGUUGCCCCGUUUGGAUUCACCUUCGUCUGGGGCCUUAUUACUAUCAAAUGGUGCAAAGCACGCAUGGUUAGGGAGAGAUUGGAGUGGGAGGCAGGAGAGUUCCCUCGCAAGAUCCCAUCACCCAGUGAGAAGUCGGUGCCCGUACAAAAUUGUGAUCCUGUUGCAUGA